AUAAAAGUGGAUUAAAAUCUAAUUGAUUAAUAGUAUGUGAAAUAAUAUUUAAUUUAUUUGUUUAGUUUUGUGUGCGCUUAACAGUUAUGAAGUGAUGUUUGGGAAUAAAAUGUUAACUUUAAAAUGUUUUUAAAGUAAAACAUAACAUAAGUCUUCCCUUUCCUUACGGAUUAUACCCGUUAUAUAACGUGAGGAACGGUAUUAUUAAACGCACUGUUAUUUAACUUGUCAUUAAUUAUAUGAGAAAUUGUUUGUGUGUUUUUUCAUGUGUGGUGUUAAACAAUGUCUCAAAACGGACCCAAAAUAUUCAUUAUAUACCGGAUAUUCACCGGAAAAAUGUUUGACUCGAUGCCCAAGAAGUGGCUGUCAGACAGAGGGGCGUCGACGUCGAGGGCGGAGUACAGCGACAAUAUCGAGCUCUUCAGCCGCGAAGACACUCUUGUGUUGAAUCCAUCCAAAAGUCCAAAGACACAAAAUGCAUGCCUCAAGUUAUCACUCUUUUCACUCAUCCUAUUGUUGAUUAUCGCCAUUUCGGGCAUCUUUUUGAUUAAAUUCAGUUAUAAUGCCAUUCAUUUGCCACCCGUUGAGCCGCAAGUGGACGACAGUGUCAGUGAUCUGAUCUUCGACCCAAUCAAUGAACGCAUUACUGGUCCUCAAUGUCGGGACAUUGAGCCCAACGCUCGGUUCGACUGUAAUCCCGACGAACCGAUUAGUCAAGACAUUUGCCAAAAGAGGGGCUGUUGUUGGUCUCAGACCGGGAGGACUGUCCCAACACAACCGCCCACUAAAACAAGUGCUAUCAAUAAGAGUGCCACCAAUGUUACUGUUCCACCACUGGAUGUGCCGUAUUGUUACUUCGGCAGUGAUUACACCGGAUAUCGGGUGACAAAUAUCGAGAAAUAUUUGUACCGCACAGUCGUUACGCUGAAUCGCACCCAACCCUCCGGUUUCAUUCGAGACGCGCCCACUCUUAAGCUGGAAAUCACUGAAAUUAACGACAACUCUGUCAGGAUCAAGUUUUACGAUCCGUUUGAGCGCCGAUACGAAGUGCCGAUACCUGUGCUCAAUGUCACGCCUCAAAAGACAAUCGACAACUCGUUGUUCACUGUGAAGAUCACCGCAAACGGUGUGCUAGUGAUCGCCCGCCGCCGGACAUCAGUGCCUGUGUUUCAAACGGAUCUCAAGCGCCUUAUAUUUUCCGACCAAUUCCUUCAGCUCUCGUCAAAUCUGCCCAACGAUUACGUCUACGGAAUUGGCGAACAUAAAGAUGGCUUCAGAAAGUCGGCCAAACAGUGGAAGAGAUAUACGCUCUUCAAUAGAGAUCAAUAUCCAGUGGAAAACAAGAACCUUUACAGCUCUCAUCCCUUCUAUCUGUCCGUUGAGGACAUGAAUGGCAACAGUAAUGGUGUCUUCCUAUUCAAUAGUAACGCUAUGGACGUUAUAUUACAGCCUAAACCGGCCAUCACUUGGCGCACAAUCGGCGGUAUUCUUGACUUUUAUGUAUUUCUGGGCCCAAAACCACAGGAUGUCAUCCGACAGUACACAGAGUUAAUAGGGUUACCAUCGCUGCCGCCGUAUUGGGCGCUGGGCUUUCAUAUCUGUCGGUUUGGUUACCGAUCAUUAGAUAAUAUGCUGACAGUGUUUAACCGAACCCGAGACGCAAAAAUACCAUUUGAUGUCCAGUGGAAUGAUAUCGACGCCAUGAGUGCCAACAAAGACUUCACAUAUGAUGUGAAAAAUUUUGCAAAAUUGCCUCAAUUUGUACAAAAUUUGCACAAAAUUGGUAUGAAAUACAUACCAAUGAUUGAUCCGGGAAUCUCUGCCGCUGAAAAGCGCGGCUCUUAUCCGCCAUUUGAUAUCGGAAUGGAUUUAAAUAUAUUUGUCAAGAACUCGACGGGACAGCCAUUUAUCGGAAAAGUAUGGACCGGGAAGUCAACCGUUUGGCCCGAUUUCACUGAUCCGAAGACACAGAUCUAUUGGACACAAAUGUUUGCCAAAUAUCAUAAGGAGAUCGAGUUUGACGGCGCGUGGAUUGAUAUGAACGAACCGUCAAACUUCUUGGACGGCUCUAGCGAUGGCUGUCCGCAGAAUCGACUCGAAAGUCCUCAAUACACACCCGGCGGUGAACCGUUGCGGACAAAAACCAUGUGUAUGAAUGCCCGACAAUACGCUGGCCUUCACUACGAUUUGCAUAACUUGUAUGGUAUUAGCGAAGCCGUUGUCACCAAUAUUGCUCUCCGGACUGUUAGGCCGAACCAACGACCGGUCAUUAUUUCGCGAUCGACUUUUGCCGGACACGGAAAGUAUGCCUCCCAUUGGGACGGAGAUAUAGUGGCCAAUUGGGAGUCCAUGCGUUGGUCUAUACCCUCAAUCCUUAACUUCAAUCUGUUUGGCAUACCAUUAGUCGGCGCCGACAUCUGUGGCUUUAAUGGGAACACAACUGAAGAACUGUGCGCCCGAUGGUCAGCGUUGGGCGCCUUCUAUCCGUUCAGCCGUAACCACAACUCCGACGACUGUAUAGAUCAGGACCCGGUGUCGUUGGGGCCGACAGUGACCGCUGCGGCCAAACGGGCGCUGGAAAUGCGUUACUCACUAUUGCCUUACUUUUAUACGCUAUUCUUCAGAGCGCACACCACCGGAGACACUGUCGUGCGGCCCCUGUUUUUUGAAUUCCCAACCGAUCCCAACAGCUAUGAGAUUGAGACACAGUUUCUGUGGGGACCGGCCGUUAUGGUUGUGCCAACACUUCACCAGAAUAUGACUUUUGUGAACGCAUACCUCCCGCCGGGUAUUUGGUAUGAUCUCCGAAACCACAGCUCAUAUGAGGCCAGAAGUGGCCAGUAUUUUACGCUCGACAGUCCGCUCACCGAUAUUAACGUAUUGCUGCGUUCGGGACAUAUUGUGGUCACUCAGACACCCGAAGUGACCACCGCUGACACCAGGAAAGGAGACUUUAUUAUGAUUGUCGGUCUCGACGCCGAGUCCAAAGCCAACGGUUCCCUAUACUGGGACUCCGGCGACGGAUUGGAUAAUAUAUUGCUCAGAGAAUUCAAUUUGUUUGAAUUCAGUGCCCAAAAGAAUGAACUGAUUUCGACGCCUAAAGUGUUUGGAUAUGAUAUGAAUGGCCAGAAACUGACCAAAUGUGUGAUUCUCGGUGUGAAGGAUAAGCCAAACAGUGUUUCCAUAAAUAGUGUUCCGACGAGUCGUUUCUCGUAUGACAAAAAUCUCAAUCGUUUGACAAUCGAUAGCAUUAACGCUGUUUUGUCCAAAAAAGUUACUAUCGUUUGGAAAUAGUUUUUCUAAACACUA